AAGAUAUGCUGAGGUACGAUCAGCAAGCAGUAACUUCAUAGAGACACACUAACAAGGCGAGUAGUGAGCCAGACUAGGUGUGACACUAGAUUUGGUAGCUGCACUGCUGUUUCUGGUCCCAGGUGCAGGAGUAACAAAAGUCUAGUGGGAUGUUAUGGUUGAUAUGGAAACUUAUCUGCUGUCAGUUAAUAGGAGGAUCAGCUCAGUUUACGAUGUAGUUAAAUGACGGAUGGUGAUUCUAUUCCACUCCAGGCUUUGACAGAAGAAGUUACAUAUUCAUGUUUAUAGCAGGAUGAAUGAGGACAAGAUGUUCACUGUGAGAUCUUUAUUUUUAUCAUUAUUUUUGGCUCGUUUUUCGACUUUGUGAACCAUCCAGAACUAGUUUAGUAGAGCCUAAAACCUGAAACCAAGCUAAACAAACACCUCUGUGUUCUAUGACUCGUUCAAUGAUCUCAGCAGCGUUGAACACAUGGCAGUUAAAGAAGGAGAACCAGUCAGUCCUGUUUGAAUCUAAAUGUGCACACACACACAAACAGGUCAAAAUCUGGCUGUUGCACCUCCUAUAAAUUGAAGCUCUAAGAAGGGGUAGAAACAGUGUCAAGGUACGCUGAGGUACGAUCAACGCGCUCUAACUCCAGAGAGACACUUAGUACCAAGGUGAGUAAUGAGCCUGACUGUGUGACACUUGGUUUGGUAGCUGAAUGAAUAAAGACUAAUUUCUAUUACUUCCACACAGGUCACAGGUUGAGCUCUGUAGUGAUGGCAGCUUGCAGAAGAUUCCUCCUCUCCCGCAGAUUUCUGAGACUUCUGGGAUUUCUGGCAGUUACAUUUCCCAUCAUGUUGUCCCUUCAGCAAAUGGACAUGACACAACAAAGGACAGAGAAGAUGCAUCGCACACAAAACCUGAGAAAGCAGCUGCUGAUUGAAACAUGUGACGGUGACAGAGAGGCUUUUUCAGACGGGAAGCACAGUUUAGACGACAUGAGUUAUAAGGAGCUGGACAACUUCAUCGUGGAUGACGCUCGUGGUAUCAUCUACUGCUACAUUCCCAAGGUUGCAUGUACCAACUGGAAAAGGGUUAUGUUUGUCCUAAAUCACGACAAGCUCGAUCUGGACCUCACGUCCUUAUCUCAUUACUUCAUCCACAACACGGCCAAGUUCACUCUCCUGAGCAGUUUUUCAAGAGCAGAGAUCAGGGCAAAGCUGAAGCACUACACUAAGUUCCUGUUUGUGCGGGACCCAUUCGUCCGUCUCAUCUCUGCCUACAGAGACAAGUUCCAGAAAUACAACAAGCAUUACUACAAAAACGUUGCCCAGGUGAUUCUUCGUCGCUAUGGCAACGUAUCCCAUCUACCACACACAGCAGCCGAGGCUUUUGCAUCAGGGGUGCGACCUUCAUUUUACAACUUUAUCCAGUACCUGCUGGACCCACAGACGCAGAAACAGCCCUUUGACCCUCACUGGAAGCAGAUGCACCGCUUGUGCCAGCCCUGCCUCAUACAAUAUGAUUUCGUUGGCCAUCAGGAGACUCUUCAGGAAGAUGCUGAUCUCCUGCUGAAGAUCCUAAAGCUGGAGAGCGACAUCAAGUUUCCUCCUGCCUAUGAUAAUGCGACUACCACCGGUUCUGUUUGGGGCUGGUUUAAAACAGUGCCCAUAGAGGACAGGAGAAGGCUGUACAAGCUCUACGAGGGAGACUUCAGACUGUUUGGUUACAGGAAACCAGUUGAAUUACUGGAUGCUUGAGAUAAAAUCAAAUCCACGUGGCUGCUGGGUCAUACAGCAAUCAAACUUUGUUUAUACAAAAUACAUCAUAUUACAUGUGUUCAAUCUGGAAACAAGCCACCAAAAGUUACUUCAACGUCAUGUUCAUUCUAGCUCCCAUUCUGCCCCUUUGUGGCUGGCUAUUUAACCUUUCCAAGCAUCAAGAUAAGAGAGCCACUCAAAUCAAGGAAAAUACAUCUGGAAAAAAAGGCAAUUAAUUGCUCAAAUUAUUUGCUCAGCUGCUUCUGCUAAGGACAAAACAUUUGAUAUAUUGGCACAAAAUAACAUUUAUCUAGUUAAUUCAGUUUAAUUCUCACUCUGAACCACAGAGUAGAGGAUGUUCACUUUCACAGAAGCCAAGAAGACUGAAGACUGAUCUGAAGGGGGCUCUCAGGACCUGCAGCUACUUCAACAAGGCAGAGAAAGGUCAGCCUGAGAACCAGGACCAGCAGAGGAACCUGCAUAUUCUGUACAUGGUUGAAAUGAGUUUACUUGUGUUUUACUUGUGUUUAACACUUGUCUGACACUGUCAAAGAAAGAACAACGUCAAGAUACUGCAAGAGCCUCCUGUCUCCUAUCUUGCCUUGUACCUGCAUAUUGCAGUAAUGUUUAGUUUGAACUUUGUUGUUCAGUUGCUAUUAUUUUUAUUGGUUUAGUUUUCUUAUUCAAAAUGCAUUUUUGUUUUGUUCUUUGCAGUUAAAUUCAUCAGACUUUAAGUUUAUUAUUGUUACUCCUGAUAAAAUUAAAGCAUUUCUGUAAAAGGCUUUGUUGGUUUUAGUUUG